AGCAGCAGACCACUUCCGCAGUAGCUGUCUGGGUACAGAGGCGAGAGGCCGCAGCUAGCGGAAAGGUAUUCUGUCAGAGGACAGCGCUUUGUUUGUUGCUUACAGAAUCAUGUUUAGCAAGUGAACAAAACAAUGGAAGGAAAGGGUCCGUACCGCAUCUAUGAUCCCGGCGGGAGUGACGUCAAAACUAGGGAUGAGGUCGGAGGAGGAAGCAGUUAUCGACAGCUCCUGGAGGAGAACAGCAUGCUGAGGGAGAGGAUGAAGGGUCUUAAAAGCCUGGGCGACUUGCUUGAAGAGUCCCAGCUGGAAGCAUCAAGACUUCGUCAGAGAGUGGAGGAACUUGUGCGAGAUAACGAGGCCCUCAAAUCCUCCAGCUAUGCAGCCAGUUUGUGCGUGGCAGGACCUGUACGGACUGAAACACAAAGUAAACCUUGUUUGCAUCCCACUGCGGAGCCGAGGGAAGAGGAAGCAAGCUGUCUAGCCAAGGCCAUUCAGCCUAACAGACCUAAUGAUGCCUUAUCAGAGUUCGAAGUGGUCAAUAUGGAUGGAAGGACUUCAGAUGCAUUGACGGCCCGGUCCGCGGCAGGAGUAAUCCCCCUCCUGCCUCAGGAGAACAUCGAGCUGGCGAGCCAGUUGAAGAAAUUGGAAAGCUCCUUCAGCAUAUUCGCAGAGGAGUCCAACCCAAACCAGCUGUUAGCUCACCUGGGCCGAAUGGCUGUGGAGUUUCACCAUCUUUCCUCUAAGGUCCAAAAGAAUGAACAAAGGACGUCCCUCCUACAGACUUUGUGUGAGCAGCUCAGACAAGAGAACAAUGAGCUUCGGAAGAAAAUGGAAGAGGAUCAUCACAUCAGGAAUCGAGACUUGGAACAACUGAGGCAAGAGAAUCAGAAACUGAAGGAGCUUGUAACUGGAGGAGCAUCAGCGGCAUCAACUUCAGCAGUGGUAGCAGCAGCAGCAGCAUCAUCUUCAUCGUCAUCAUCUACGGCAGCGUCUGACACUGAAGCUCCCGACACCAAAGAUGAGCCAGUUAAAGAGGAAUGUGCUACGGUGAGGCCGAAGAUGGAAGCCACUACGCCACAGAAGAGUGGAAAAGCUGCAGGGAAAAGCCCAAACAAACCUUGUGAUGUUGAGGUUUACGAAAAGAAGAUCAAGCUCCUGGAGAAGCAGAGAAAAGAUGUACUUGAGGUAAAUAAGCAGUGGGACAUUCAGUGGAACUCAAUGAAGUCACAGUUUGAGCAGAAGAUCACAGAUCUCCGACAAAGGCUUGCCGAAUCCCAGAAGACAGUGGUUGAACUGGAGGCGGAGCGAGAGCAGAGGCAGCGAGACUACGACAAGAAGCUGCUGCUGGCAAAGUCCAAGAUUGAAAACGUGCAGGGUGAGAAGGAGUGUCUAAACACUGAGACCACUGAGUUGAAGCAGAAAGUCCGCUACCUGCAGGACCAGCUGUUGCCUCUCAGCAAGCAGCGAGAGUACCAGGAGAAGGAAAUCCAACGCCUCAACAGGGCUUUAGAAGAAGCCUUAAACCUGCAUUCCCCUUCAUCUUCCCAACAACCGCCCGGCCAGGAUGCUGCCAAUAACCUGAAGAAACAGGAACUACUCACCCAAAUUGCUGUUCUAAAAGAGCAGGUCAAAAUCUUUGAAGAAGAUUUCCGAAAAGAACGGAGUGACAGGGAACGAAUGAAUGAGGAAAAAGAAGACUUGAGGCGGCAAGUGGAGCGACUGCAGAUUCAGAUCACUAAUCUGACCAAUCAGCUCCAUCAGGCACAAAAUGAGUGUCAGCGAGAACACACGGAGAGAUGCAAGCUGGAGAGACUACAGAUGCAGCAUCACAAGCAGGGGCAGCAGCAGGAAAGACGUACCUCAGAUCCUACGUCAGGCUCAAUGAACGGCCCGCUGAGCCCCCCCUACUGUGGUCCCUUUGUGCAGGUGGGACCGCAGGGCCUUGAGGGCUGGCCCAUACACUUCCCUCCCCGGAUGCCCAAUGCAGCAGCCGCCGCAGCUCCACCCCCUGUACGAGACUUCCAGCCCGGUACCCCGGGGUUUCCAUGGCAGUCUUCAUCAUUUCUACAACCUAGAGGACCGAGAGCAGUGGGGGAGAGUUCACGACCAGCACCAGAUAAUGCAGACCAGUCGGCGGCAGCAGCAGCAGCAGCAGCAGCAGCAGCAGCAGCAGCAGCAGCAACAGCAGCAGCAGCAACCGUUGCAGGAGGAGGAGCAGGAUUUGGAAAAAGGGAGCGACAGAAUAUAGAUCCUGGAAAGCACUAAAAUGUCACCACCUGAUAGAAAUUGGGUUGUAGCAUGAAAUCAGUUUGUUUUGAUUUGAAAAGGUGUGAUUUGAUCUAUAAUUUUCCUACUGAACUGUAGAUAUCCUAUUGUAAUGUUGUUUAUACUUGCGUUUUAUAAGGCUAUUUGUGGAACACUUCGCUAUUCUGAAUAUAAACAUGAACUAUUUAGAUUUUUUGUUUUCUUGAACUUAAGUUUUGUUCAAUAGGUUGGAACACUUAAACACUUAUACCCUUUGUAUCCAGAAAAAUACACCUUUUUGUGUUCCAAUCUGCAACAACUUGACUGCUACUUGUAAGGUUCCAGGAAGCCAUUCCCCACUAUGAGCAAGACUAUUCUCAUUCCAACAAUACCUGCAUAGGUGAAUUCAAUGACUACAUCUACAAAGUGAAUGUUAAUUGAUUUUAUGAAGACUUCUGCAGUAUGUUGAUGUGAUAGAAAUGUCCCAUAUGUGUAACUGGUCAAAAUGUGGUUGUUGCAUACAGACAUUUUUGGGCUGGGGGGAUUUUGAUGGUAUCAUACCAAAAACAUAAUUGUGAUUGAUAAUUUAUUUAUAAUCUGCUGUUUUGAUAGUUGCAUUGUGAAUCAUUGUCUUUUAGUAAUGCUGCUCUAUGUUGUUAGUGUAACCUGAUAUAUUGUAGCUAUACAUUGAAUGUUUGUGUCAGACACAGUGCACCACGCACAGUGCAUACACAAACUUUUACUUUUCACCAUGACGAUGGACCUAAUCUCAUUAAACACAGCACUUCGACAGUUUAUUUGACCACUUAAUGUAUCAUGUAAUCUCGAACAUUUUAGCCAUGUGCAGUAUCUAGCAGUUAUGUCAUUUGAAUAGCUGUUGACUUAGUCAUGACACACCUAAACGAUCUUUAAUCUGCAUGUUUAUGGUGUUGCAGCAGUGCGGCUGCCUCUGCUUUUACUCUUGUGACACCCGCCUUGCCAGCUGGCCUGUGAUUGCUGUGACACCAGUUCAAGAGCCCCGUUAUGACACACAGGAGACAUAACUUAACAAUGUUGCUUUUUUUUUUUUCUUCCCAAAGUCACUCCGUCUCAAAGUCACACAUCAACGUCUGAACUGAAUGCUCACUAGGGUUUCUUACAUAUAGGGUGUUAUGAGGUAGUCGGAUGAAGGGCUUCGAAAAUUUGUGUAAAAAUCUGGGGAAAAAAGCCUCAUUUUUAACUAAGUUAACCAGGAGAAGUUAUCGGAAAUUAAGGGAGAUGUUGGUGAAACUGCACUUUUUGAAAAGGUUUUCUUUGAUUACUAGCAGUUGUAUUUCUUGGUUCGCAGACCCUUUUUCUGUUUUGCUGUAGGCAAAAGCACAUGUGAGACUUUUGUAUUUGACUGGCUUAAUAAAUUGAUUCUAAAUGUUUA